AUGGGCCCACUGCUUUCAGUCUACUGCCCUUGGGCCUAUGACCCCGAGCUGGCUGGUCUUUGUGCACCUGGCCCCCUGCUGGAUCUGGCCAAGUGGGUAAAGGCUGAGCCUGGGCCUGCUGUGCUAGGUGAGGCAGGUGCCAACAUCAUUGAAGUGUCCAAGGAGGCCCGAAAGCGGUUCUUAGGCCCUCUACACCCCUCCUUCAACCUGGUGAAGACCAUCCGGGGCUGCCUGCUGAAGACCCUACCUGAUGAUUGCCAUGAACGUGCCAGUGGGCGCCUGGGCAUCUCCCUGACCCGGGUAUCGGAUGGCGAGAAUGUCAUCAUUUCCCACUUCAACUCCAAGGAUGAACUCAUUCAGGCCAAUGUCUGCAGCACCUUCAUCCCUGUGUACUGUGGCCUCAUCCCUCCCUCCCUCCAAGGGGUGCGCUAUGUGGACGGCGGCAUUUCAGACAACCUGCCGCUCUAUGAGCUUAAGAACACCAUCACUGUGUCCCCUUUCUCGGGCGAGAGUGACAUCUGUCCCCAGGACAGCUCCACCAACAUCCACGAACUGCGGGUCACCAACACCAGCAUCCAGUUCAACCUGCGCAACCUCUACCGCCUCUCCAAGGCCCUCUUCCCACCAGAGCCCAUGGUGCUGAGAGAGAUGUGCAAACAGGGCUACCGGGACAGCCUACGCUUCCUGAGGCGGAACGGCCUCCUGAACAGGCCCAACCCCCUGCUGGCCUUGCCCCCAACCCAGGGACCUGGAGAGGAGGACACGGAGGAGGCCAGCGUGGUCGUGGAAAGGAGCGGCACUGAGGAGCGGCUGCUGCCGCCCAGUGAAGACCACAUCCUGGAGCACCUGCCCUCGCGGCUCAAUGAGGCCCUGCUGGAGGCCUGCGUGGAGCCCAGAGACUUGAUGACCACAUUGUCCAACAUGCUGCCUGUGCGGCUGGCCACGGCCAUGAUGGUGCCCUACACCCUGCCACUGGAGAGUGCCGUGUCUUUCACCAUCCGCCUGCUGGAGUGGUUGCCUGACGUGCCUGAGGACAUCCGGUGGAUGAAGGAACAGACGGGCAGUAUUUGCCAGUACCUGGUGAUGCGCGCCAAGAGGAAGCUGGGUAGUCACCUGCCCUCCAGGAUGUCUGAGCCCACAGAGCUGCGCCGCGCUCGGUCAUUACCCUCCGUGCCGCUGUCCUGUGCCAGCUACCGGGAGGCGCUGCCCAGCUGGGUUCGCAGCAACCUCUCCUUGGGUGAUGUGCUGGCCAAGUGGGAGGAGUGCCAGCGCCAAUUGCUGCUGGGUCUCUUUUGUACCAACGUGGCCUUCCCGCCGGAUGCCCUGCGCAUGCGCGUACCCGUGGCCCCAACGCCUGCAGACCCCACGGCCGUCAACCCCACACUCCCCCAGCACCCACCAGGCCUGCCCCCUUGCUGAGCACCCCCACCUGCUCUUCUGGGCCCCAGUCCAGGAGUUGGGCUGCACCGGAUUCCACCCCACUGCCUCUCCAGUUACCUACUGCGAAGUGAGGACUGGGAACCUUCACGCUGCAAACAGGGGGCUCUGCCGUGUACCCCCAGCCACGCACUUGC